AUGCCAUCUGAAAUAAAAGAAAACGUAAUUGAUACUAGUGAUGAAGUUACACACCUCGAGUUCGUAGGAGAUGGGGCAUUGGCCUCCAGUGAGAAUAUCACCCUUUUGGAAAAAUUUUUAGAGUCGGCAUUAAAAGCAAGUUGUAAAUUAGAACUUCUGUGUAUUGGUGGAUUAAAACAGUAUAAACCAAUUUCUGACCGAACAAUAAUUGCAAUAGCCCACUCAUGUCCUAAUCUUUACCAUCUUUCUUUAAAGGGUUGUCAUAAUAUUACUGAUAAUUCAGUUAAUAUAUUAUUGCAACAAAUUCAUAAUUUAAAAUUCCUAGAGCUAGAUCAGUGUAGAUUUAUUACCGAUUCAUCUAUCUGUAAUAUUGCUAACUCUUGCCCGAAGCUUGAACAUCUUGAUAUUGGUGUCUGCGAUGCUUCUGAUGCAUCUAUCUGUAAUAUUGCGCAUUCAUGUAAAAAUUUAAAGUAUCUUAAUAUCAGGUGUUGUUGUCUUGUUACUAAUAUAGCUAUUCAUGAAAUUGCUCAGCAUUGUUCAAACUUGGAAUUUCUUUCUAUAGAUUUAUGGUCAACUUAUGCAAAUCUCGAAGAUAUUGUACAAUACUGCGAAGACAAGAUUAAAGAUGAACAUUAUCAAAAAUCAAUUGUGGAAUUGGAGCAGGAUAUGAGAGGUACAGCUGAAAGGCUCAGUUUGAUGGUACGUAUGUAUGGCCUUAAUGAGAAAAUUAAUUAUCAGCCUACAAACCCAGAAUAUGACACUAAUUAUGCUAUUACUGAGUUUGUCCCACGUGAUAUAAAAUAUAGAGGUAAAGAAUCCUUAUCCUCACACAUGAAAUUCCAAACACCAUGA